GAUCAGUGUAGCCCCAGCUGUGCCACCUGUCAGUGUCCAUCAAUACCAGCUGUCAGUACUCAUCAUGCCACCUGCCAGUGCCCAUCAGUGCCACAUAUCAGUGCCUACCAGUGCUCAUCAAUGCCACAUAUCAGUGUCCAUCUGAGCUGCCUUUCAGUGUCACCUAUCAGUGCCAGUCAGUGCCACCUAUCAAUGCCAUCAGUGCUGACUAUCAGUGCCACCUAUCAAUGCCCGUCAGUGCCACUUAACAGUGCCAGUCAGUGCCGCCUAUCAGUGCCAGUCAGUGCCACCUAUCAGUGCCGUAUAUGAGUGCUGCC